AUGGCUAGUGAGGAUAGUUUUCUAGUGCUAGUACAUCACAGAAGAUCGAUUAAGAGGAAAACUCGGUCUGGCGUGAAGUUCACCGAUAAGGAUCCUCUAUGUAUUAUCGUGAGCCCCACAACCAGUUACGAUGCUCUCGUUAGCUCCGUGCUUGGCAAACUUGGUCUGGAAGGAGUGAAAAGGGUUAAGAAGUUUUUCUAUCGCAUUCCAAUCACGGUGCUCCACGAUACGGUGAAGUAUGAUUGUUUCACGAUCGGGAGUGAUGAGGACUUGCAGGUCAUGUUUCUCUCUCGUAGGCAGUUUCCCGAGGUGAGGACACCAGAGCUGUUGGCGAAGUUCGUCGACGUGGUAUCUAGCUCUGGUGGGUCGAACCGGAAUGCCAACACUAUAGCCACGGUGGCCGGUUCGAGCUCGAGACCUGCGGUUGCUUCUUCCUCCGUUCUAGUGUAUGAGGCAGCGGUCCAGCCUGCCGCCUCCCCAUCGUUUGCUAUUGAUCUCGGCGGCAAUGUUGGAGACGAGGUUGGAUAUGGGGAACAUCAUCCGACUGAAGUACAGUGUCCUCCACCGGCUGGUGUUGGAGAGGGAUUGUGUGAUGAUCCAGAUGAUGAUGAAGUCGAGCCGGAUAUUAUCGCUGAUGAAAGCAGCGAUGAUGUUGGAGCGAGUGAUCCGAUAAGGCCUACUGGUGGUUCUAGUUCUGGCACACAUCAGUACCCACCCCAUUUUUCAUCUUUGGAUCUGGAUGCCAUGAAGCAUGACGAACAUCCUGGGCAGCUAGCUGGAUUUGGCGCUAGAGAUACCAAAGGGUCUGCCGGUAUGACAGAGUUCCAGGUUGGUCAACAAUUCCAGGAUAAAGAUGAGGCGCUGUUGAGUGUCAAGACGUACAGCAUCCGUCGAGGGGUACAGUACAAGGUAGUUGAGUCUGACUAUCGCAGGUACGUGGGAAAGUGUUCUGAGUUUGGGAAUGGGUGCACAUGGUUGAUUAGGCUGAGCCUCCGACAACGCAAGGGCAUCUGGGAAGUCAAGCGGUACAACGGGCCGCAUACCUAUCUCUCCACCUCCAUCUCCAGCGACCAUAGGAGCUUGGACUACCACGUGAUAGCGACAUUCAUCAUGCCAAUGGUUAGGGUUGACGCAUCCGUCAACAUCAAGGUGCUUCUAAAUGCAACGGCAGCACACUUUGGCUUUAGGCCUACAUACAGGAGGGUGUGGAUGGCGAAGUAG